AUGGCACCAGACUCGCCCCAGGUCCUCAGCAUUUCCCCGUCCUACCCAGCCAUCACCAAGCAAGCAGCCGGCACCAUAAAUGGCAUACAGACCAAUAUCACGUCUACAGCCUUCUCCGACAAGAUCAUGAUCACGAUCACGCAAGGUGGAAGGCUUGCACAGUGGAUCCACGUACCUCUAAAUUCCCCCAACCCCAUUUUCGCAGAUCAAUAUAUGUCCUCCGGCAAUGACGAGGAUAAUCUCUUGCCAAUGGCUCACCUCUCGCCAAAGACACUGCUAGGAGGAUCUACAUCUGAGAGGGAGACUGUGGGUCAGCUGUAUGCUACGCAAAUUGCAAGUGCAAUCGUCACGAGGAAUCCGGAAGAAAAGAGGACUGUUUUAGUUGGAUUGGGCUUGAGCAAGUUUGAAGCUAGACGAGAAGUGUUCUAUGAUACAGUGGAUCUUGUGAUGAAAUGCCUGUGA